AAGGGUUUGUGUUGUUCUGCUAAUGUGCUCUUUCUCCAAGCAGUGAUUUAUUUCCUAUCCUUUCUGCCUAGCCAUCCUUACACCACCAUAUGAUCCAUUCCUACUGACAUUUUAUUGGAAAUAAAUGACAUGGUAUCGAAUCUAGUGAGAGGCACAACAUCCCUCCUUAAAGGAUGAGGUAAGAUAUGAGGGUCCUUCUCAAGGCCAACAUUGAGCUCAGAAUGCCAUUUUAUAUUCAUUGGGAGGGACAGUUGAAAGAAGGCCACCAAAAUUACCAAGAAAAAAGAGGCAUCCAACAACUAUCUCCACCAACCUUGCUUGCAUACUCCACCAUCUGGUCAUUAUCAUGCUGCUACCACCAGCUUUUGGAGCCCCAAUCCAUGUCCAAAAGAACAACAAAAAGAAAAGAGAACAGAAGAGAGAAAAAGAUGCUCCAGAAUGCAAAGCUAUUGAUUUACAAUAUUCUGUACAUUAGAAGGACCCAAUUGAUCCAUCCACUGUGGUGCAAAGCCAUCAAGUGGAAGCUUGGUAUCAGAGACAAAAGAUAAAGUGAUGGAGUAUACCAGCUGAGCUUUUUCCAGAAGGAAAUCCCACAGAACCUGUGAGGUUUCUUGUCUGCUUCUUCACUCUUUUAUCAGCACAAGGAUCCCAAGUUUAGAUGACCAGAAAGCACAAAGAUGGGAAGACUGAAAGAAAAGUAAGAAGGGGGUAGAAAGAAGGGUUGGAAUACCACAGCACCAAAGCAACUUUUCUAUGCCCAGACAUCUUUAGAACGUAUCACAUGCGUCCACGCCUGCUCAUGUUCUUCUCUUCGCUCAGCACAUCUCCACCCGUCCGCUUCCCAUCCAAUGCACGGUUUGUAAGACUCCCAUGCACUCUUGCUUCUUCCGGAAGAGUUCCUCGUAUAAAAGAGGUACAGGGAGAAGCUCCUCACCACCCUUCCUCUUCUCCUCUCCUCUCGUUUCAAGGCGCACAAGGGGACGAGAAAGAGUGGAGAGAAGGUAGGUCUGAGGAGAUCAUAGCUGAUAACGAUGGUGGCCAGAGGAGGAGCUCAGCUGAGCUGCUGUGUGUUGAUGAUCGUUAGCCUUGUCAUCGCCGCCGCUCCGCUCGGGUUCUCCGGUGGCGGAGCACGCAGCCACCGGGACCGCAUGGCCCGCCGCUUGGAGACCCUCAUUGCUCCAUCGUCCGCCGCCGAUUCUCCGUCUAUCUCGCAGGCGAAGUCCGGUUCGCGUGUAUACCAUGUGAUCGACUACGGCGCCGAUCCGAAGGGAGUUGCCGAUUCCUUCGCGGCAAUCUCGAAGGCCAUCUCCGACGCCUUCGCCGACGCCGCCUCCGGGCUUUCGCUGAUCGCCGGAAUCUCCAACCUUGGUGGUGUGGAGGUACACCUUGAUGGUGGCGUGUACGUGGUCACUUCUCCCUUAACCUUACCAGCCAACGGCGGCAAUGUGAAGAUUCACGGGGGAAGCCUGCGGGCGGCCGACGACUUCCCGGCGGAUCGGUAUCUGAUCGAGCUUUGGGCCGCGCAUGACUCCACCGCCGGUGGUGGAGCCAGCUCUUCCGGCUACGACUACGAGUACGUCACGCUGAGGGACCUGAUGCUGGACUCCAACUACAGAGGCGGCGGCGUCGCCGUCGUCAACUCUCUCCGGACCAGCAUCGACAACUGCUACAUUGUCCAUUUCACAUCCGACGGCGUCUCCGUCCGGUCCGGGCACGAGACCUUCAUCAGGAACUCCUUCAUAGGUCAGCACAUCACCGCCGGGAACGAUCCCGGCGAGAAGAACUUCACCGGCACCGGAAUCAACCUGGCGGGAAACGACAAUGCGGUCACCGACGUCGUCAUUUUCUCUGCGGCCAUCGGCAUCCUCGUCUCCGGCCAGGCCAACACCCUGUCCGGAGUGCAUUGCUACAACAAGGCGGCCGGGUGGGGCGGGACGGGGAUCUACUUGAAGCUUCCCGGACUAACCCAGACCCGAAUCACCAACUGUUACUUGGACUACACCGGCAUCGUCUCCGAGGAUCCCGUCCAGCUGCACAUCUCCGGCUCCUUCUUUCUGGGCGACGCCAACGUGGUGCUCAAGUCGGUCAAGGGCGUGGUCAAGGGCGUCGACAUCGUCGACAACAUGUUCUCCGGCGGCGGCAAAGGCGUCGACAUCGUCCGCUUGGACGAAUCCAACGGGAAGUUCGUCAACGUUGAUCAGGUGACCGUGCGGCGAAACAGCGUGAGCGGCAUGACGGCGCGGUCGACGGCGGCGAGGGCGACGGUGGAGGGCAACGGGACGACAUGGUCGGUGGACUUCUCGCCGGUGCUCCUGUUUCCUGGGCGCAUCGGGCACGUGCAGUACACGCUGUUGGCUGACUCGGCGUUUCCGAGCCACGCGUUGAGGAACGUGUCGGGGAACACGGUCGUCAUCGAGUCUGACGUGGCGGUUCAGGCUACUCUCCACGUGGAGGUCGACCAGGGCUUGGGCAGCAUGGAUGGUGUCUGAACACACCCGUUUCUUUUCUUUUCUCUAAAACGCGUAACAAAAAGUUUACGCACCACCGCACAACAGCUGAUGGGAAAGAAGCAAUUGUUGGCUCCUCCGGCUGUGUUUUGUUCCCUCCAUUCCUGCCUUCGACAUUCAAUCACUCUGUAAGUAAACAAUGUUCAUGGAGAUGGAGAAUUCUGUGAAGCAACUAUUUGGGUU